CUUCGUUCUAAGCAUUUGCUACGAGAGGCACACUUGAGCAGAGCGACAAUUGUGCGAAGGAUAGAGGUGAUCUCUGUGACUCGUCCGCAGCAGUGUACAGCGCGCUCCGACUGGUCUCGCUGCCGGCCACAGCCAUGUCUCGCGGAACAACCCUCGCGAUCGCGCUCUGCGCGGCGCUCGUCUGCUGCUCCGCCCUCGAGCUACCGGACUUCAUCCACGUCUGCAGGCGCAACGAGCCGGACAUCGAGGCCUGCAUCAGGCGGAGCGUGGAGGACCUGAGGCCGCAGCUGAUGUCGGGCGUGCCCGAGUACAACAUCCCCUCGCUGGAGCCGCUGCUGCUGAAGGAGCUGGUCGCGGCCGAGGGCACCGGCGGCCUCAAGAUCACCGCCAGGGACGUCAGCGCCUUCGGCGCCAGCAAUUUCAUCGUGCAGAAGCUCAGGAUCGACCUGAACACGCUGCGCUUCGCGCUGGACAUCCUGCUGCCGCACCUGUACAUCGAGGGCCUGUACGAGAUCGACGGCCGCGUGCUGCUGCUGCCGAUCCGCGGCAACGGGCCCAUGACCGGCAACUUCACCGACGCCACGGGCUCGGUGAAGAUCCAGGCGAACCUGUUCAAGGACGCCAAGGGCGAGGAGCACGUGGGCCUCAGCGAGUUCCGCAUGCGCAUCAACAUCCGCAAGGGCUCGCUCAAGCUGGACAACCUGUUUGGCGGCGAUCCCACCCUCGGCACGGUCAUCAACAACGCGAUUAACAGCAACUUCGACGCCUUCAUCAAGGAGCUGCAGCCGCUGAUCGAGAAGGCCCUGUCGAGCGCCUUCAUGGACAUCGGCAACAGCAUCGUCCGUCCGUUCACCUACGACCAGCUCUUUCCCGAGACCUAAGGCUGGUUCCACGUUGCUCGCUAUGUUUGCCAUGUAUUACGUACACGUGUAUACAAACAAACAGGACCGGCGCUGACGACCAUCUCUCUCUCUCUCUCUCUUUCUCUCUCCGGUGAGGACUCGACCUCGCGCGCACAUGUACGCACGACACUUCGUUUUGCAGUUGCGCGUGUGCUCGCGCGGGCAAGAGGAUCCUAGCCCUACAAUGCUCAGCGUGCGACGGUGUGGCGAGGACUCCGCGCGUGUCGAUCCCUAGGGCCUGUUUAUGUGGACGAUGCUGCGCGUAUCUCUGUCUCCAUCUCUCAUUCUUUUUUAUUGUUUGCAUAAAAAACGCAUCGAACGAGCGAUUUGUACUGUUUGUUAUAAUGUGCGUAUAUCAUCGUCGACGACUUGUUAUCCGACAGUUUUUCGUGUUUACCUUUGUAUAUCGCACAUUUUUUCACCCGACCGCCGUAUCCUCUAUGUAAAUUUUUAGCGUUAAUUGGACUGAUUUUUAAUAAAUUGGUAAUGAA